ACAAGCGACCACUAUCCGUGGGAAGCGGCUACAGUCGACAAGCAGGAGGUGAAAGCUGCAUUCGAGAAUACCAUCAUUAUCACUGCUCACGGUUACGAUAGAAAGUUCUACGAGGAUUUUCGAGACAAAUUCAGUCAGGCGACCGGGAUCGUUGGUAGUCAUUAUGCCACUUUGACUUACAUGUCACUGUACGACGCUCUAUUCCUUUACGGUCUAGCGCUCCGUGAUGCAUUUGAAGACGUUGGAGGAUAUGAUGUUCAUCGGAAUGGAUCACUCAUUUGUGCAAAAAUGACUAACCGCCAAUUCAUCGGUGCCACUGGCCAAGUACUAAUGAAUAAUAAAGCGAUCCGAGUGCCUAGCUAUGCAACUUACCACACGACAAACGGAACGCUUCGAAUAGUGGUUGAACUUGAGGCGAAAAACGUGGAGAACCAGAACUGUGAUAGUAAUCCUGACAAAUGUUCGGAGCACGUAGCACACGAAGUAAUACAAUUCUACUGGUCAUCAAGCAGCGGCCGGCUACCGAAAGCCGUUCCUUAUUGCGGUUUCACUGGUUCUGAAUGUAACUACACGACGUACUUCGUUUUUCUUGGAGUGAUCGUUUUUUUCGCUACUACUGCACCCCUUUCAUAUUUUAUAUAUUUGAAACAAAAAGAACGGUUACUAUACGACAUGACAUGGCGUAUCCCCAGAGAUAGCAUCCAGCUAGUGGAAAGCAACAAAUCGAAAUCCGAGCACUCGUUGGCAAGCAAAUCGCAAAGUUCUGGAUCAUUUUCUGGCAGCGUUGGCUCUAAACAGGUGUUAUCGGCCAACCAAGCAAUGUCGAAUGGCGUUCGGAUAGCAAUCAAACGUUUCCAACAGAUGCGGAAUAUCACAUUCCCAAAGUCAGAGUUGAAACUGCUCAAGGAGUUAAAACUCGUUGAAAACGAAAACUUGAACAAGUUCUAUGGUAUUGCGUUCAACCAGCAGAAUGAUUUCAUCGUCAUGUGGAUUUUCUGCACCCGUGGCAGCCUUGAGUUAUGCAAUUUUUCUUGA